AUGCCGAAUUCCUCAGACGACGAUUUCAAAGGAACCGUGAUAGUCUACACUGAAGUGGGAAAUGCUCAAUGUGCCAAGGCGCGGAAUUUGCUCCAUCGCGAAAAUGUUCCCUACACCGACGUUUCUCUCGACACCUUUCCCCAGGUAACAUCCAUUUAUCAUCCAUUAUCUUCUGGGCAACAAAAAGAGGGGAAAAAGAAAGACAUUAAAAAGAGCAAAACGUCAUUUUCCCCUCAUUGUUCAGCCCCCAUCUUUCAUGAACUUUCCUAUCGAAUUGAGAAUUUUCUCGUUAAUUUUCUGUCGAAUUUCAAAAUCAGUUGUCUUGGUGUGGUAGGAAAACGCUUUUUUAUUCUGUUCUCUUGAAAUAUUAUUUCUUGGUUGCAAAAUCUCUUUUUAUAAUAUAAAAUCUUCAUUUUUUUGUGAAAUUCUGAAAAAAAUUCUCAAAAAUUUUUUUCAUAAUCUUUUUAAAAAUUUGAAGUCGAUUUCUGUCAUUUCUUUUUACUGUAGAUCCUUUAUAUUAACUUUCAAAUGAACAAAGAUUUUUUUCCGUUUCAACAGAAUCCUUUUUUAUCAACUUUUAAACUAAUAAAAUUCAUAAAAACCCUAGUUAUCCCCCUUUUGAUAUAGUCAUUAUACCGCGUAAAAAUGAAAUUUUUUGUUUUUAAUUUUUGAAAAAAUCAAAAAUAGAUCGCUUUAAUGAGCUCGAAACUCAUAAAAAAUAGUUUAUCAUUUCACCAAUUUUCAAAAGUUUCAUCUCUGAACGAACAGUUGCGCCCGACUCAAUACGACUUACGUGAAACAGUAUUAAAAAACGAAAAGCUUUGAGCCAUUCCAAAUGUGACCUUUCAAACCAAAACUUCUCAUUUCCAACAAAUUCUUCUCCCCUGCUGGAUUUUUUCAUUUUCAGUGCGUUCAAGAAGUCUUCGAAAGGUCAGGAAGUGAAUCUCUACCGCAAAUAUUCUUCAACAGCGUCCACAUCGGCGGAGUUGCCGAAUUGGAGAAAAUUGUGAGAUUCUUCAAGUUUUCUUCCACUCUAGAUGCUUCUUUCAGAUGGCGGAGCCUUCGAAAUGGGACGAUUUACUGGAAAUGGUCCGUGUCGAGCUCAACAUCGACGGACCGCAACUACCGAAUCCACUGACGGCCAUGGAUUUUGUUCAUAGCGACAACGCCAAUAACAAUAAAUCGGGUCUUGAUUUCACUACAAGAUAAUUUUUCUUUUAUAGAUAUUUUCGGAUUCACCUAAUGCCGUGUUCAAAGUGAUUCCACGAGUUUCAUAAUAGCCGUCGGAAAAUAGAAAAUAUAACUGAAUUUUGGAGAAACAGAGAUAAUUUUGAACUUCUCGGGCAUAACAUAAUGCUUACUAGGAAAAUGUUUUUACAAGAGAAACACAUUUCUCGAAAUAGAUCUUUUUUUAGUUAGGACGCCUUGAAGGCUUGAAAAAUAGCGCUUUUUGUCCUAAUUUACGUGUUUGGGGACUGUAAAAAGUUAAAAACCAUUCCCUAGUCAACGGAGAACCAUCUGAUUCCAUGACGCCGUCACGAAAGAAAAAAAUUUAAAAACCGUUGAAAACUUCAAUUUUUUUAAUGUUAAGACGACCAUAGCCCAAGUGACGAAUUCCGUGGAAAAAACAGCUUUUGAGAGACCUAUCCGGAAAAAAUAAAUCGGAUUCAAUUUACCAAUCACCGAAAAAUCAAUGAUCUUGUGCUUUCAGUAAUAUGUAGAUGAAGUGUAACGUACUUCACACUGGUCUUUUUGAUCAUUUCUAACCAGCAAUUUUUUUAUUAUUUUGUGUAAAAAUAGCCGCCAAGAAUUGAACUGCGCUCUAUGGAUACAUUUCUAGGUAGAUCUUCAAAUAUGAAAAACUGAAUGAAAGUUAACCUUUUUCGUUAUGAAAUUGCUGAGAAAAGGGCACGGAGAGCUUAUUUUCUCUCUAUGGACGAUUUUUUUUAAAAAUAUAUGCUGAGAAAUUUUUGCUAAACCUUCCACAUUUUCUAAAAUGGUCAUGAAAAAUUCAAGCUAAAUUUUCAAAAUAACCAUCUUUUCAAGAAUUUUCAAGCAGUGAUUUUUAGGCCGCACUCCAUUGCGCUCCAAGGAUAAACUUUAAAAAUUCUUUUGGUAUAUUACCUUCGUUAAUUAAGAAUAUAGGCCUUGAAUUGCAAAGUAAACGGAAAAAAUCUACUAAAAAUUCCUUUCAAAGAAAAAUUUCCAGACGACCCUCUCCUCUGGCUACCCGACGAGUACAGCAAACUGGUCAGUGAGAUGAAAAAGGCCAACCUAAUCAAGGAUAAUAAGGUUUUUUUUUCUAUUUUUUUUUCACUGAAAAUUCAAGUUUUCAGGUCGGUCUGAUGAAAAAGUACAAAAACUCGUUCAAAGGCGAGGAGCUCAUCGAUUGGCUCAUGAAGGAGAAGGGAAUGAGUGAGUUUUUCGUAUCAAAAUUCAACAAAAAACAUGAAAAAUGCGCCUAUUUUUACGAUCCAUUCAUUCACACAAAAAAUAACACGUUUUAUUCUCGACUUUUCUCUGUAUAAUCCCCCUCUUUCAGGCCAUUGUUUGCUCAGAGAAACAUUUUUUUACAGCCCAAGUUUUUCCAUUUUUCUCCGUUCCAACCAUUCAGAGACAUCGAUUCCAACCUUAUUCUCACUGCAAAACCUUCUCUUCUUGAUUUUUUGCCUUUUGAUUGAUUGCCGGGUCUUCAAAAAGUGAUAGAUUGGGCCAAAAAUGGAGUCAAAGACGACUGUUCCGACUCAAAACAGCUGGGACCUUCUCGGUGAGUGAGAUCAAAGGUUGCGAAGAUCAAUAGAACUAUUUGAAAUUAAAACUUUAAGUUUAAGAGAGAGGAACAAUGGUCAUUGUAGGUCAAAACUAACAAAGAGAGAGAAUGACCUUGGAAAGUUUUGCGUGAAAGGGUCAAAAAAUGAUAGUUUAAACCUAAUUUUGCUGAUAAUAAGAGAUUCAAAAAGCUAAAAACCUUCAGGAAUUCAAAUUUAUCAAUAAAAUCUUCUUAGCAAUGUUCCGAAAAAAAUAAGAAAAAACAAUUUUUAGCAGUUCAAGCAGAGAAAUUUUCCAACUAAGACGCUGGAUUUCACCAAAAUCCGAUUUUUUUCUUUUUUCCAUCAUAUUUUUAAAAAAAGUGUUCUUAAUAUGAUAAAUAUUGAAACUAAAUUACUAAAUUACCACCUUUCAAAGUUGAGAAUUGGCAUGUUCUUCAGUUUUUCAAACCUUUUUUUAAUUCAAAACGCAAAAAAAUCAUCUCAAAAGUAUCCAAACGUCAAAAUAUCCACUGAUCAUUCUACUUCUUACUUUCCACUUACCCCACUAGUUUAACCAAAAACCAAAAAUCAACUCGAAUUGGCUAUUCUUCUUCUUCUUUUACAAAGUAUCAACAAAAAUCAAGACGAUGCGAUAUAAAUCAAAGUUGAUCGAAACGAACCCCCGCCCCCCUCUUUCCAUCGUUUUUUUCUUCCUUCCUUUUUCUGCCGUCCCCAUCACUCCACUUCGAAAAUUUCCCUUCACCUACUCAAGACGACGUUCACAAUUUCCACUGCUGAAAUCACAAGGAACAGAAAAAUCGAUUGAAAAUCUACAAUAUUUCUAUAUUUUCUGGUCCUGAAACUUAACCUGAAAAAAUCUGCAAAUCUUGGAAAACUCCCUUAUUUUACUAGAUCGUCCCAAGAUCAACCCAUUUAUCGAUUUAUUCAUAGUUCAGCCAGUUUAAAAUCGAAUUCUCUGCUGUAAAAAGUUCCAAAAACCCUAUCUUCCUUGGAAAAUUACACAAUCCAACACUCAAACUUAUUGAAAGAAGACUUCUAUUUUUUCUUCUUUUUUCAAACUUCAUUAAACCUAUUCCUUCACGCCCUCCAACUCUAUUAAAUCCUCAAUAAGUCGGGAAAAAAUGACCCGCUGGUCGGAGGAACGACUCGACGAACUGAGCGAGUCGUGGUGGUGGUCCAACGAUGACGAAAAUGAGCAUGACCUGGACCUUAACCUCGAAUUCUUCGACGAAAGUACUAUUCAUCUGGCUCCAAUGAUUCGACGACACAUUUUAGCGCUCAAUAUACUUGGUAAAAUUUGAUAAAUCCCCAUUUUCUCAACUUUAAAAGUCUAUAAGUGGAAUGAAGACUAUGAGGAAGUUUCAGAACGAAGCGAGGCUUUGGAAGUUGGCCAAGAAAUCAUCGAUCGGCACGUCGGUCAACAAACGUCCAACGAGGUCGGCAUGACAUUCAGUCCAGAUCGGUGAGCGAUUAAAAUAGAAUUUACGGUCUUUCCAACUAUUUUUAGGUGGACCAAAGUGUUGGGAGAGAUCUUAAAAAAAAGAAAACCCUAGGCCAAAAGUGGAGGAACAAACUGAAAAAGAAAACCGGUUUUUUUGAAAACUUUAGAAGACACUCAUUCUUACUGCUGAAAAUUUACUGCGCUCUAUGGAUAAAAAAGUUAUCGGUUCUUGGUAAAGUGGACUGGACGUAUGUGAGCAAUGUUAUGGAUCACUUAAGAGUACUGACGCCGCUAAAGUGGCCACUAGGAAUGCUCAGAUACUUCUAGGGCGCUUCCGAUUCGAAGCCCAAGCUUCUGAGCUAUUCGACUCUAAUAAUAACGAGAAUAACCUCUUCAGAUACUACCAACUAGUUGAAGACGACGAAAACAAGCCACUCAACGCCAGCGGGAGCACCACAUCGACCUCCACGGACCCUCUGAUGACCAUCGCCGAGUAUAACGAAAAGCUCGUCCAGAUCCUUCAACCAAUCUACGACGACAUUGCCGUCGAGAACAAUCGGGUAAGAUCUUCAAUUUUGCGAAAAUGGACUAGUGUCUCAGACGAUUCUCUACCAACGACUGAUCGACAACGACAACUUCAACCGAUUCCAGCAGUUUGCCAGGGAAUUAUACCGGGUCGAACCGUCGACCGGAACUCCAGAUGAACGUCUCGCCUUCUUCAUCAACAUCUACAACAUUAUGCUGAUCCAUAUCACCUUGAAAUGUGGACCGCCGCAGACCAUCUGGCAGCGGAGAAAGGUAGGAAGAAGAUGGAAAAAAGGAGAAAUGAGCAAGAAAAACGAGAGCUUUUUCGCUCCAAUGAGAAAAAAAAAAGAUGAAGACUUAGUCGGACCUCGGCAAUGCAAUUCGGGCGCACUCUCGACGUUUCUGAGCAUUCCUAGUGAUCAUUUAAGUAGCGUGAACACUCUUAAGUGAUCCCUAGAGUUGCUCAAAACGUCUGGAGCGUCAAGUUACCGAGGUCUAGUCUUUUCGAGUCAUUACAGAAAGUCUAGCAAAAUCGAUAAAAGCGGUCAUUCAAGAGUACUGAACCAUCUUCAGGAGAUUCUUGGCCGUUUCAGUAGAAAACUUUGAACUUUAUAAAAUUCAUACAUUCCCACAUGAAAAAAGUUCAUAGAAAAUUCAAGAAUUUUUGUGAAAUUAAAAAAAAAACCCAUUUUAACCACUUCUGGAGUCCUUCAUCUGCAUCAGUUUAUCUCCUUCUUCCAUAAAAUUUCAGUAAGACUAGCCUUUCUGUCUUUUCUGAAGAGAUUCCAGAGAAAAUAGCGCGUUUUUCUUUCUCUGACGUCUCUUAAACCUCUCCUAGUCUUUCGUUUUCGACUUUUUGAGCCUCAAAAUUAUUCAAGAUCCUUCAUUUUUCAAUGAAAAAAACUUCCAGGUGAUGAACGCGACCUACUACUACAUCGGAGGUCAUAAAUACGCACUCCACUCGAUUCUCAACGGAAUCUUACGGGGGAAUCGCAAAGGUCCAAGCAUGCUUUGGAAGGCUUUCGGGAAGCACGACGUUAGAAUGCCGUUGGUCCUUCCCGAGUGCGAACCUUUGGUUCAUUUCGCCUUGCUCACUGGAACUCGUUCUACACCUCCUAUCCGGGUUUACAAUUGCAAGGUGGGCUUCUGACUUUUUUUUAUUUCAAAAAAAUUAGGAAAAGAUCAGUGGCAGCCUGAAGAGACUCCAUAGAAGACAUAGAUCUCUCUUUCUCUGGCGUCUCUUUUUUAUCUUCCAAUCUAUCAGGGCUAUCUAUGACCUCCUUUAUUCAACUUUACUACACCUCCAUUCAAAGCCACGCUCACAAUUUUCCAGACAAUCCGGGCUGAACUCAAAGAGAACGCAAAAGAAGUUCUUCUCAACGACGAAUUCAUGAAACUCGACACGAAAAAGAACGUUGUUCACCUUCUCAAGACCUUCAAAUGGUACUCGGACGACUUUGGCGGCACCCCCGAGAAAGUAAAAUAUGGAAAAUGAUCAAAGUAAAUCAUGAAAAUCAGACGAUUCAAUGGAUUCUCGAGGUUCUGGAGGACGACGAGUCGGAAAAGAAGAAAACGUUGCAGAAAAUGUUCUUCACUGGAGAUUACAGUGUCGAAUAUCUACCGUAUGACUGGUCGCCGAAUGGAAAAGAGAGGGUAAAUUUUGAAAAUAAUUUUUUUAAAAAUAAAGAAUCCUUUUCAUUCAGAUUUUGGACUGAAAAUGCCACUUUGGCCUCAAAAAAAUUAAAAAACAAAAAAUGCCCAGUUUUACGCCAAAUUGAUUAGUUGAUCGGUUGAAAUUCCCUAUUUUUACCCUUUUUAAAUCCAUUCUUCAGAAAUCCUCCAAUUUUCAGAACGAAAAGCCAACAGCGCCGGCGGUGGACCGACGGAUCAGUACGAAAAAACGGGAAGAGCCCAAAACUACCGACGAAAUCCCAACAAAUAACAAUGAGAAAACGAUUGUGAACGAUUUUGUGAAGGAAGGAAGCCUUGGUGUCGCCUAUUGA